AAUGGAGAUGAUAUUAAUGUUUCAAAAGAUAUAGUAACAUGGAAUCAUUUAGAAGAUGUUGUUAUUCAUAACCAACCUAUUAAUUACGAAAAGAAAAACAAAAAAGCCUAUGAUUAUUUAACAAACAAAUAUACCAAUACUGAUUAUAUUAAAGAGAUCCAAAGAUAUUUUUCAUAUUUAAUAGAAAAUAAAAAAAAGAAUAGGGAUGAUGACGGUAGAUAUAUUAACAAUCCUAUAAAAUAUCAAUUGAUGUCAAUAUCUUAUUUUUAUGGAAGUAAUGAAACAUCUUCUAAUGAUGUGAUUUGGAAAAAAGAUGGUGCAAAGGUAUUAUUAACAAUAGCUCAUGAUGGAGCAAUGCAAAACAAAGAAAUUAUUUUAGACAUUCUUCAAAAUAUAAACAAAAAUUCUUAUUCUAAUUUAGAUUACAUAAACAAAACACAAAAUUAUUACGAAUAUGUAUUACGCGUUUAUAGAGAAGGUUCGAUACACAAUCCUGUUGAACAAGAAAUAAAAUUAUUGAAAGAAGAGGUUAAUUUAAUUAAAAUUUCAUAUGAAAAAGAGGUGAAAUUAUUAAAACAAGAAUUUGCUUCAUUCAAGAAAUUGAAUGAGGAACAAAAAAAGAUUGAUAUGUUGAUAAUAAUAUAG